GCUGCCGCCGCCUUUGUGUCUGGGCGCCGCCCCGCGCACGGAGGCGGGUCCUGCGCGGCGGGGCCGGCGGGCGGCGAGCCGCGGGCGCGGGCAGCCCUCGGCGGCGCCCCCGCAGGCUCCGCGCCCCCGGACCGCGGCUCGACCGCGCAUGGACGCGCGCUCCCGCCUGCACCUAUGCUGUUUGGAGAUGACAACCAAAAGGAAAAUUAUCGGCCGCUUGGUGCCCUGCCGGUGUUUUCGUGGUGAAGAAGAAAUCGUCUCAGUGUUAGAUUACUCUCACUGUGGCCUACAGCAGGUGCCAAAGGAGGUUUUUAACUUUGAACGAACAUUAGAGGAGCUUUACCUAGAUGCCAAUCAAAUUGAAGAGCUACCUAAGCAACUGUUCAACUGUCAAGCUUUACGCAAACUGAGUAUACCAGACAAUGACCUUUCCAGUCUGCCAACCACUAUUGCUAGCUUAGUUAAUCUCAAAGAACUUGAUAUCAGUAAAAAUGGAAUUCAAGAUUUUCCAGAGAAUAUUAAAUGUUGUAAGUGUUUAACAAUUAUUGAAGCCAGUGUCAAUCCAGUCUCUAAGCUGCCAGAUGGCUUCACACAACUUCUAAAUUUGACCCAGCUCUAUCUAAAUGAUGCCUUUUUGGAGUUUCUUCCAGCUAACUUUGGAAGGUAA